UUUGCUUCCUUUCAGCAGGCCGUGUACUUAGUUCACAGCUCCAUAUCUCUCCAAACUUUUAGUUCCCAAACAUGAGAUGACCUAAAUCUUUGGAGCGAUAAUUUUUGGUCACUUUGCUAUGCAGGAGCUGAUCAAUUAGAGCCUGGUAGGUUCAAUACAAAAGCCCAGGCUUAAGCUGCAAAUUUGAAGCUGAAGUCCUGAUCCUUGUUGUCGAGUGAGGGUUUUUCCCAGACGAGGAGGUUAAUUUAUAUUGCUUUAUGAUAGGGUAAUUUCCUGGGUCUCUUUCACGUCAGAACAUGCCACUAAUUGGUAGAGGCAGAACACGACGUAGAUUAGAAGGCACAACUGAAGCAAGAAAUACAACACCUAUUGCUGCCCUCAAUCUUAGAGAUGAUGGAAAUUUAAGCUCGGACAACUCAACCCAACAACCGGAUGACGUCCCGAGUAUAGAACCCUAUUCCCCACCAGAUGUUGAUUCACCUGGAAACACGAAUGGACCGCCUACUCGAAAACGUGGGCGUGGACCAGCUAAGAGUACGGAGUUUGAGAAGCUUCGCAAGCAUGGGAAGAUAACAUUGAAGAUAAAUGAUGGUGAGACUUCACCUUGCUGUGAAAACUAUGUUGUGUUUACAACGAGGGUUACUUGGAUAUUGAAGCACCAUGGCGACUUGAGUCAUCCUAGUUGGCAUGAUGUACCAGAAAAUGAACAGCAAGAGUUGAUUAGUCGUGUUCGGGCUGACUUUUUCCUAGAUUGGACAAAGAAAAAUCAUUGCGACACAGUAAUGAAGGCUUUGAGGAAGAGGUUCAAUCACAUUCGGUAUGAUCUGCAUAAAAGAUACAAGCAGUAUGGGACUAAUGAAGAAGCGCUAGCCAAUGGCCCCCAUUUGGUGAGCCCAGAAAAUUGGGUGAAGUUAUGCAGUAGAUGGUCAAGUGAGGGGUUUAAGAUGAUAUCUGAGCGAAAUAAAUGUAAUAGGGAAAAGCAACAAACUAACCACACAACUGGAAGAACCUCAUUUGUGCGGCUACUGGAAAUGAGGUCAGAGAAUGAUGGUGAUAAUUUGGUUGAUUUUUUCAAAGAGGUGAGGUGGUCAAAGAAGAAGGGGACAUUUGUGACUCCCAUGAUGGAAGAAAUGCAUGUGAGUGUGUUUCCUAUUUUGCUAUGAAAUGUAUCAAAUUGUAUUGUACAAAGUUCUUUAACCCAAAGUGUGAUUUAAUGGUGUUGAUUAGAA